UAUAAGUCGUGUCUGCAGGUAACGGCUCAUAAGUCGUGACCUGCACUCUGGAGUCCGGGCAUGUAAGGGAUUGGAUCUGGAUUCUGGAAGGGGAACAGUGGAACAUCGUAGGCGAGAGAUCGAUGUUGUCGAAAACUAGAACUAACAAACUAGGGACGUUAAGGAGAGACUCGGAGAUAAGAAUCGAGGUUCCUGUGCUUGGAAGGAAGAGGAACCUGGUGUUGAAUCAGGGACUGAAUUCCUCCAGAGCUCUCUUCACUGUCCAACAAUUGUUGAAGUAAGAAGUUCCUCUGUAGAUCUAAUCAAGUAGAGCCAAUCAGUUGUUGAAGAAGAAUCCUGCAAUGUCUGCGCUCUUCAAUUUUCGUUCGUUUUUGACGGUGGUGCUGCUAGUUAUUUGUACCUGCACUUAUGUAAAGUUGCACUUCCCCACCAUCCUCGAACAUAAAACUGGGUUUCGAGGUUUCUUUUGGAAGGCUGCCAGAAUAGGUGAACGAUUGAGUCCAUGGGUUGCCUGUGGAUGCUUGGCGAUGGGUGUGUCGAUCAUAAUUUCGUGAGCAUUACCCUGGUGGGUUGUAUACAUCGAGUAGCUUACUUGAUCUUUGUGUGCACGAAGAGCUCCCAUCCAUUAAACCCUUUUGGUGUAUACAAUGUUUCUGUGGUAUAGAUAUGAGAAAUGUACUGUUGAUGUAUCCGGAAGAGAAAAAAAGACAUGCACUAUAUCUGCAUGAGCAUUAUCAGUUUUAA